GUAUAUCAGAUACUUGCCUUUUAGGCUUCUCUCUCUAAAUUUUAUUUAUUAUUUCCCCUUUUUUCCUGCACAUUUGAUUCCGAUUGAUUUAAAGCUGCUUUCAUGUCUCUGAAUGCUCUACAUGGGCAUUGGAAUAGAGGGCAUUGAAUGGAAAGGAGUGAUCUUUCUUCUUGUUAGAUUAGAUUGGAGAUUCUAAGUUCACUUCAACUAUCCCAAAUCUACCUGGGUUUGACUCCCUCUCUGUUUUCUCUCUCAUCGAAGGAUUAGUUCUAUUUUGAUCUGGAAACAUAUGCUAUAAUGUCAUCUCUCAGCAGAGAACUUGUGUUCUUGAUCUUACAGUUUCUAGAUGAGGAGAAAUUUAAAGAAACUGUCCACAAGCUUGAACAAGAGUCUGGUUUUUUCUUUAACAUGAAGUAUUUUGAGGAUGAAGUGCACAGUGGAAAUUGGGACGAGGUUGAGAAGUACCUUUCAGGUUUUACCAAAGUAGAUGAUAAUCGGUACUCAAUGAAAAUCUUCUUUGAGAUAAGAAAGCAGAAGUAUCUUGAAGCAUUGGACAAGCGUGAUCGGCCCAAGGCAGUUGAAAUUCUUACAAAGGAUCUUAAAGUUUUUGCAUCUUUUAAUGAAGAGCUGUUUAAGGAGAUAACCCACCUAUUGACGCUGGAGAAUUUCAGGGAGAAUGAACAAUUGUCAAAAUAUGGAGACACGAAGUCUGCCAGAGCGAUAAUGUUGGUUGAACUCAAGAAACUCAUUGAAGCAAACCCUUUGUUCCGUGACAAAUUGCAGUUUCCUGGCCUUAAAAAUUCUAGAUUGCGAACCCUCAUCAACCAGAGUUUAAAUUGGCAGCACCAACUAUGCAAAAACCCGCGGUCAAAUCCUGAUAUAAAGACACUUUUUGUUGAUCACGCUUGUGGACAACCAAAUGGCUCCCAUGCCCCGUCACCUGCAAACAACCAUUUACUUGGACCUGUACCAAAACCUGGAGGCUUCCCGCCUCUUGGUGCUCAUGGGCCUUUCCCGCCUGCACCCACACCCGUUCCUGCUCCACUUGCUGGUUGGAUGUCCAAUCCACCCACGGUGAAUCAUCCAGCUGUUUCUGGGGGACCCAUGGGCUCUGCUGGACCUAUGGGCCUCACCGCUUCAUCCAUUCCAGCUGCUCUCAAGCAUCCAAGGACCCCAUCAACAAAUCCGGUUGAUUAUCCAUCUGGGGGGGAUUCUGAUCAUGUCAGUAAAAGAACAAGGUCCUUGGGAAUUAGUGACGAGGUUAACCUUCCCGUAAAUGUUAUGCCGGUGUUCCCGGGGCACGGUCAUAGCAGCAGCCAAGGGGGUCACAGCAGUGCACAUGAUGAUCUCCCGAAGACCGUAGUGAGAACACUUAACCAAGGCUCAUCUCCUAUGAGCAUGGAUUUUCAUCCCGUUCAACAGACAUUGCUUCUAGUUGGAACCAAUGUUGGAGACAUAGCAUUAUGGGAAGUUGGUUCACGGGAGAGAUUGGUUUUGAGAAACUUCAAGGUCUGGGAUUUGAGUGCAUGUUCAAAUCCCUUGCAGACAGCCUUGGUUAAAGAUCCUGUUGUCUCUGUUAAUUGCAUAACUUGGAGCCCAGAUGGCUCAUUAUUUGGGGUUGCAUAUUCGAGGCAUAUUGUGCAAAUAUAUUCUUAUCAUGGAAAUGAUGAUGUGCGCCAGCAUCUGGAGAUUGAUGCUCAUGUUGGAGGUGUAAAUGAUCUUGCAUUCUCUCAUCCUAAUAAGCAGCUCUGUGUGAUUACAUGUGGAGAUGACAAGACCAUAAAGGUAUGGGAUGCAACGAAUGGCACUAAACAGUAUACGUUUGAAGGACACGAGGCUCCGGUGUAUUCUGUGUGUCCUCACCAUAAGGAGAGCGUUCAGUUUAUCUUUUCCACUGCGAUAGAUGGAAAGAUAAAAGCAUGGUUGUAUGAUAAUAUGGGAUCCCGAGUGGAUUAUGAUGCUCCCGGUCGCUGGUGUACAACAAUGGCAUACAGUGCUGAUGGAGCAAGACUAUUUUCUUGUGGAACAAGCAAAGACGGGGAGUCACAUAUUGUUGAAUGGAACGAGAGUGAAGGAGCUGUCAAGAGGACAUACCAGGGUUUCCGAAAGCGUUCUUAUGGCGUUGUGCAAUUCGACACCACCAGAAACAGGUUUUUGGCAGCAGGGGAUGACUUUUCCAUAAAGUUUUGGGAUAUGGACAACGUCCAGAUGUUGACCAGUAUUGAUGCGGAUGGAGGGCUUCCGGCAAGCCCGCGAAUCCGGUUCAACAAGGAUGGGACUUUACUUGCCGUUUCUGCUAACGAGAAUGGGAUCAAGAUUUUAGCAAACACUGAUGGUAUACGCUUACUACGCACAUCUGAAAACCUUGCUUAUGAUGCUGCAAGAGCUUCUGAAACUGCUAGCAAGCCUUCAGUAAACCCAAUCUCUGUAGCGUCUGCUAGUAAUGCCGCAUUUGCUGAUAGAGUAGCCUCUGUCGUUGGCACCUCUGGAAUGAAUGGGGAUGCAAGAAACAUGGGGGAUGUAAAGCCGCGAAUAACAGAAGAAAUAAAUGAUAAAUCAAAAGUUUGGAAGCUCAGUGAAAUUACUGAACCUUCUCAGUGCCGUUCCUUGAAGCUUCCUGAGAAUUUGCGAGCAACCAAGAUAUCAAGGUUAAUAUACACGAAUUCGGGUGGUGCUUUAUUAGCCCUUGCAUCAAACGCCAUUCAUUUGCUAUGGAAAUGGCAACGUGGGGACCGUAAUUCUAGUGGCAAGGCAACCGCCAGCAUGGCACCCCAAUUAUGGCAACCUUCAAGUGGCAUCUUGAUGACGAACGAUGUGGCGGACAAAAACCCGGAGGAUGCUGUGCCAUGUUUUGCUUUAUCUAAAAAUGACUCUUAUGUGAUGUCAGCUUCGGGAGGGAAGAUAUCCCUCUUCAACAUGAUGACGUUCAAGACUAUGACGACCUUCAUGCCUCCUCCGCCAGCAGCAACAUUUCUUGCAUUCCAUCCCCAAGAUAACAACAUCAUUGCUAUUGGCAUGGAUGAUUCUACAAUCCAAAUAUAUAAUGUUCGUGUGGAUGAGGUGAAGAGCAAACUCAAAGGGCAUUCUAAAAGAGUGACUGGACUUGCCUUCUCUCACAUACUUAACGUGCUGGUUUCAUCUGGAGCAGAUGCACAGCUUUUCGUGUGGAGUUCGGAUGGAUGGGAAAAGCAGAAGUCAAAGUUCCUUCAACUUCCAUCGGGGAGAGCAUCUGUGCAAUCAGAGACGAGAGUACAAUUUCAUCAGGAUCAAAUUCAUUUCUUGGUUGUUCAUGAGACUCAGCUUGCUAUUUAUGAAGCAACCAAGUUGGAGUGUGCUAAACAGUGGGUCCAAAGGGAGGCGGGAGCUCCAAUAUCACACGCAACGUUCUCUUGUGAUAGCCAGUUGGUGUAUGCCAGUUUCUUAGACGCAAGUGUGUGCAUAUUCACCGCUGCUAAUCUCUGUCUUAGAUGUCGGAUCGCUCCUUCCGCUUAUAUCCCUCCUGGUCUCAGCUCAGGCGUUCAUGCACUGGUGGUAGCAGCCCAUCCACAAGAUGCGAAUCAGUUUGCGUUGGGCCUAUCAGAUGGAUGCGUUCUUGUAUUUGAACCACUUGAAUCAGAAGGAAAAUGGGGAGUUCCUCCACCGCUAGAAAAUGGCUCAUCGAGCAUGGCCUUAGGUCCCUCCGAUCAACCUCAGAGAUGAUGUUGCUGCUGAUGUAUCAUCAUCAUCAUCAUAAAUUAACCAACUCUCUGUGAGAUGGCCCGCAAUGGGAAUUUGGUUGUAAAUACUUAGGUGUUUACUGGAUGUACCACAUUCUAUUUUGUUUUUAAUCUGGGCUGCCCAUUGCUUGCUAUACGAUCGAUCUCCUGUUUGCCCUUUACUUUAUGGAGGGCACUAACCAACCUACUGAUACUCCACUCCGUCUAGUAAAAAAGUUGAUUUUUUGGGUCUAAGUUAUAUAGGAUUGAGAUCAAGUAAUAAAAAUUCAUUAUAUGAAAAAUAAGAACAAAUCUUAUACGUUGAGAUGAGAGCAG